CGAUCUUUCUCUCUCUCUUCUUUCUCUUUCUCUCUCUGGUUCUCUUCUUCCCCGGUGGAGACGAAACCAAGCUAGUUUUUUACUGAAAUCCAAAGCUUGAUGGAACCCUAACCCUAGAGUUUAGAGCAGCAGUGCGAGGUUGAGAAGAAGUGGGAGUGAAGUAGUAGGCUUUGGGAGUUGUUAUUUACGAGUUUCGGCGCGCCAAGUGGAAAAGAUCGGAUUUUUAGCUUUGCUUGAAGUUUUUGUUUCCAUUUCUGGUUUUUUUUUCACUUCUUUUCUGUUGUUUUUUUUUUGUUCUUCUCGCGUAUCCUGGAUAUCAUAUUCGUUCUGUUGUUAUUUAUGGAAAAGAAAAGAGGGGAAUAAGACAGAGUCUCGGGGGGUGAGGGAUUUGCUGAGCGUUCCUAAAAGUAGAUUCCGGAACUGGUUUUGGAAUCCCUAGCAUGUUGAGAAGUGGAGCUUCUUGGUUGAAUUUCUAUUUUUUGUGCUUCUUUUGAUGCUAAAUCUGAUAGGCCAUGUUGAUUUAGUUGGGAAAGAUUUCAACUUUUUGAGGCUUGUUUAUAGUUUUUGAUUGCUCCGAUGGUGCCUUCUGGGCCUCCGACGCCUGGCGGGGCUCAGUCAGUCACCCCGUCGUUGCUCCGGUCCAACUCCUCCAUUCUCAGUGGAGGGCAACAACCGGGCUCCAUGCCAUCCCAGCCCCCAUUCUCUUCUCUUGUAUCCCCUCGAACCCAAUUCAACAGUAACAACAAUAACAGCAUGAACUUGCUUGGUAACAUGGCCAAUGUCUCUUCUUUGCUUAACCCUUCCUUUGGGAAUGGAGUACCCGGCCCCAAUGCUGGGUUCUCUGGUGCUCAGACUCUUCAGCACCGAGCAAAUCUUGGUGUUGUAGGUGGUGGUGGAAGCAGUGCUGUUGAUAUGGUUGGUGCUUCAGAGACCGAUCCACUUUCUUUCGCGUCUGCAUCCACUGCUGCUCAGGGACAGCAGCACUUUCAGAACACUGCUGGUAAUCAGCUUGGCCAGGACCAUUUGCAGUCUCAGCAGCUUGAUGGUGUGCAAAGCUUUCAGCAACAGUUCAAUGCCCAGCAUGGCCAGCCUCAACCUCAGCUUCGCGGAGCAAUGGGCGGCGUGGGCAACUUGGCUCCUGUUAAAAUGGAACCACAGAUGGGUCCUGUUAAGUUGGAGACUCAGAUGGGUCCUGGCGACCAGAACGGUCCGCAGCAGCAGUUGCAAUCUUUGCACGGAAAUAUGGGUGCAGCGAUGAAGAUGGAGCACCAACAACAGCAGUUACAAUCUUUGCAUGGUGGUAUGGGUGCGAUGAAGAUGGAGUCACAGCAGCAGCUACAAUCUAUGAGGGGUAGCAUUGGUGGUGUGAAGAUAGAGCCUCAGCAACUUCAGUCUUUGAGAAACCUUGGACCAGUUAAGCUUGAACAAUCACAUUCAGACGCAUCGUUAUUUUUGCAGCAGCAACAACAGCAACAACAACAACAACAGCAUCAGCAGCAGCUGUUGCAGCUGUCGAGGCAAUCCUCUCAAGUUGCACAUGCUGCCCAGAUGAAUCUCCUGCAGCAGCAGCAGCAGCAGCGGAUCCUGCAGAUGCAGCAACAUCAGCAUCAACAACAACAACAACAGCAGCAUCAACAGAUUCUCAAGUCGAUACCUCAGCAACGGACACCUUUGCAACAGCAGCUACUUCAGCAGGGUCUUCCUCUGAGAUCUCAAGUGAAACCUAAUAUAUAUGAGCCUGGGAUGUGUGCUCAACGCUUGACGCAUUACAUGUAUCACCAACAACAUAGACCAGAGGAUAACAAUAUUGACUUCUGGAGAAAAUUUGUGGCUGAGUAUUUUGCUCCUAAUGCCAAGAAAAGGUGGUGUGUCUCUCUCUAUGCGAGUGGCCGCCAAACCACUGGUGUUUUUCCUCAGGAUGUUUGGCAUUGUGAAAUAUGCAAUCGCAAGCCUGGCCGUGGGUUUGAAACGACAGUUGAGGUUCUGCCAAGGUUAUGCCAAAUCAAAUAUGCUAGUGGUACUCUGGAGGAACUUCUUUAUGUUGAUAUGCCUCAUGAGACUCAGAGCCCAUCAGGUCAAAUUGUGCUCGAUUAUGCUAAAGCAAUUCAAGAGAGUGUGUUUGAGCAGCUGCGCGUAGUACGUGAUGGGCAGCUUCGCGUUGUUUUUAAUCCAGAUUUAAAGAUUGCUUCUUGGGAGUUUUGUGCUAGGCGACAUGAGGAGCUUAUACCUCGGAGGCUGAUAAUACCUCAGGUUAGUCAACUUGGGGCAGUUGUACAAAAAUAUCACUCAGCUACACAGAAUGCAUCAUCUAGCUUGUCUGCUCAAGAGCUACAAAAUAGUUGCAAUUCAUUUGUAGCUUCUGCUCGUCAAUUAGCUAAAGCUUUGGAGGUGCCUCUCGUGAAUGAUUUAGGAUACACAAAAAGAUAUGUUCGCUGCCUUCAGAUAUCAGAGGUGGUAAAUUGCAUGAAGGAUCUUAUCGACUACAGCAGAGAAACCGGAACUGGACCUAUGGAUAGCCUGAUUAAUUUUCCUCGAAAGACUUCUGGUUCAUCCGCCCUUCGAGCUCACCAAGCUCAACAAACAGAGGAGCAGCAGCAAGGGAUGGCUCAAAACUCGAACCACAAUGAGCAGAGCUCUGCACAUCCUGUGGGUGUACCACUUACUGCAGGAAGCAAUGGUGUUGUUGGAGUGAACAAUUCUAUUAAUGUCCCAUCAUCCACUCCAACAUCUGGUGCUACUGUUGCCAGUCUGCUCCAUCAGAACUCGAUGAAUUCCCGGCAAGAAAACCCGAUGAGUUCUGUGAACAGCCCAUACACUGGUAACACCGUCCAAAUCCCAUCGUCUGGCUCAUCAACUUCACUGCCGCCAUCCCAACCCAAUCCGUCUUCCCCGUUUACAUCACCUUCGACAUCCAAUAACACUACUCUACCAAAUAUGGCAACGAUGCAACCUCCGUCAACGCAGCCCCAGUCCCAUGAUGCAGAUCACAACGAUCCUCAGAGCUCAGUGCAGCAGAUUCUACAUGAGAUGUUGAUGUCAUCUGGUGCAAGUACAUUGGGGAAUGAGGUGAAGGGAAUGGCGCAAUCACUGAACGGAGGGAACUGCUUGGUCGGAAAUGGGAUGACCAACAAUUCUGGUAUCAGUGGAAUGGCAAGUUUCGGUAACAUGGGCGGACUCGGUCCAACAGCAACGACGAGCGGCAUAAGAGCAGCAAUGGCCAACAAUGCCACUGCAAUGACGGUAAACGGGCGGAUAGGUAUGAACCAAAUCUCACAAGAUCCAUCAGCCAUGAACCAUCAACAAAUGGAAGUGAGCAACCGGCUUCUUGGCGGGCUCGGAUCGGUCAAUAGCUUCAAUAACCUUAACCUUCAGUAUGACUGGAAGACAUCUCCGUAGAAUCAGAAACAAAAAAGUUUUGCCAUCAAUCUACAUGAACUCAAUGUAAGUUCGGUUCGAGUGUGCGCAUCCCCCCCUCGGUUGGUUUCCCGCGGCCCCGCGUUCUCUCUGUACUGAUCUGAAAGAAAGCAAACAUAUAGUUUUAACUUGAUCCCGGUCUAGUUCUCGUGCCUUCAUGCCCGUCAUCGGUUAACAGUUAUUUCUAAGGCGUCUUUCUUUGUUCCGAUAUGAUGAUAUAUGACGACAAUACCGAUGCCGAUGAGCUUUAACAAAUGGUUGAACAGAAAUACAUGUUGCAAGGCAGAGUGAUGGGUGGUUCUUGCUUCCAUUUUCUCUGUACUUUGAGGAGGCAUGAAUUGUAAACCAGCAUAAGAGUGAUCUCUUCUUCUUCUUCUUCUUCUUCUUGUUCUUAUGAUUGAAAAGGUGAUGAUCAGUGAAAUCAGUUUCUAUAGUAACUCUAGUGAGAUGUUUUCUUGUGAAUAUUUGAUCUUUUGAACAAUAUCCACUGGAUAUGAAAAACUAUGUAAUAUCACUCUUCCUUUUUCA